UCGUCCAGUGGAGUAUGUUGGGACACUGGCUGUCAACCGGACUCGUGGGAUCUGGUCGGAUGUGCAGAGUACAAUAUGGUAGAAAUUAGUCGAAGAAAAUGUCCUUAUGGUAAAAUAUACUCGUGUUGCGAAAAAACCGACUAUAAUCUUAGUUAUAAUCGAUUGCAGAGCAGAGUAUUGUACGGUGAUUUAACUUAUUAUGAUCUGGGACUAACGGCAUGUGGCAAAGUAUACAAAAACAGCGACUUGGUAGCUGCCGUAGCCUUUGGACAUUUCAGGUCGCUCAACCCUAACUUGGAUUCAAUAUGCGGACGAAGAGCUAGAAUCUACAACAAUAAAGGAAGAAGUGUUGUUGUGAAAAUUGUAGAUAAAUGUGGAGGUUGCAAAUGGGGUGAUAUUGAUGUGUCAAGGGCUGCUUUUCGUAAACUGGAGCCACUCUCUGUCGGAAGAACUCGAGUCAAGUGGCAUUAUAUUUGACCAUAAGAUACAAUUUAACACAGAAUUUUGUCCUAGAACAUUAUAUCGAAGAAAAGGUAUCUUUAUUGUUAUUGUUUGUUCUGAAAAUCAAGGAUUUGAGACUUAUAAGUUAAUGUUUAACAUAUAAUGUUAGAUAUUGUUACUAGUACUAUUCUAUUUAUAUUAUGAAUAUUUCGUAUAAUGUAUAAAAAUAUCUGAUAUUAUAUUUGUUUUAAGAG